GCAACUAGGGCAAAGAGAUUAAUUAAUUUCCGAAAUGGGCAACACAGUUUCUCCAUGUUUACAGCACAAUUCUAGAUCUUCAUCAUCAACCAAGCUUAUCUUCUGGGAAGGGUCGACGAGAAUCCUAAAUGGGAAGCACAUAGCGGGUGAGAUCAUGUUCGAGUUCCCUGAUAGGAUGGUGUGUCAUUCAGACUCAUUCUUCAUCGGCCAUCCCAUCCCAGCCCUAGCCAUAGAUGACGAACUCAUGCCGGGUCAAACCUACUUCGUCCUUCCCAUUGAUCGCUUUGCAUGCAACGUAUUGACAGCGUCUUCCAUCGCCUCCUUCAGCUCCAGCGCUAAACCCGCACCUUUGAACUUUGGCGACUGCCCUUUUGAGUACAUUAAAAGGGAGAACGGUAGGGUUUUGAUGAAGGUGAUGCCGGAGUUUAUAACGAGGCUAAUUACAAGUAGAGGAGAGGAAGAAGGCGGCAGCCGUUUGGAUGGCAAUAGUUUUCUUUGUAAUACGCCGGAGCUGAAGAAGCGUUACGAGCAGUUGGUAGGGUCUAAAGUGCAAGUUUGGUCGCCGAAUCUGGAGACCAUUUCAGAGCAAAAAGUUAGGUUUUCGCCUUGCAGGUUCUUAGGGUUGGAGUGGAAACAGAAAAAGAAAGAUAGAUAUUAGCUUAAUUCUCCAAUUAUGUUACAUCUGCUUGUGACUUAGAAGAAAUUGUACAAAAGAAAAAAGUAUGUUAGUGAAUUUAAUUAUUUAUAGAUCCAUUGCUAAGAGAAGUAUUGAUUAGAUAUCCAAAAGAGAAAAAGGAAGAGGAAGAAAAGGAAUUGAUUGAU